AUGACAGCAGGCGACUAUUUCGUCCACUCUCUCCCCGGAGCUCCAGCGGAGCCACCCUUGAAGAUGCACGCCGGCCAUAUCCAGAUCACCCCCGAUCACAAUCGCAACAUGUUCUUCUGGCACUUUCAAAACAGACACAUCGCGAACAAACAAAGGACGAUUAUAUGGCUGAACGGAGGACCCGGAUGCAGUUCAGAAGAUGGUGCUUUGAUGGAGGUUGGUCCUUACAGGGUGAAGGACGGUUCGAACGGCCCAAAACUGGAAUAUAACGAGGGUUCGUGGAAUGAAUUCGCAAAUAUAAUGUUCGUCGACAAUCCUGUUGGAACGGGCUACAGUUUCGUAGACUCGGAUAGCUAUACUCACGAGCUGCCCGAAAUGGCAGAUCAGUUUGUACAAUUUCUGGAAAAGUGGUUUGCUCUCUUCCCGGAAUAUGAGCACGACGACCUAUAUCUUGCGGGAGAAUCAUAUGCAGGCCAGCAUAUUCCUUAUAUUGCAAAGGCUAUCCUUGACCGAAACAAAGCCGGUGCGGAACAUCCUUGGCAACUAAAAGGAAUGUUGAUCGGGAAUGGAUGGAUCGCACCUGAGGAGCAGUACAAGGCGUAUCUCUCAUACGCAUACGAGAGGGGUUUGGUUCAGCGGGGUAGCGAUAUUGCCAAGAAACUGGAGGCUCAACAAGCCGUGUGCCUCAAAUUGCUCAACGAGCAGGGGGGGAAGGACAGGGUGGACUUGUCAGAAUGUGAGCAAAUCCUGCAGGACCUUCUUCGAGUAACCCAAAAGAAGGGUUCAGAUGGGAGGCCCCAAUGUAUCAAUAUGUACGAUGUCAGGCUCACGGAUAGCUUCCCGAGCUGUGGGAUGAACUGGCCACCCGAUUUGGCUAACCUGACGCCUUAUCUUCGUCGAAAGGAUGUUCUGGACGCUCUGCAUAUCUCUCCACAAAAGAGGACUGGAUGGACGGAAUGCAAUGGCGCUGUUGGAAGUGCUUUCCGGGCAAGUAAAUCUAAGCCCUCUAUUCAGAUACUUCCAGACCUCAUUGCAGAAGUCCCUACGCUUUUGUUCUCCGGAGCUGAAGAUCUUAUCUGCAAUCACAUCGGUACCGAAGAGCUGAUCAGUAAUAUGGAGUGGAAUGGCGGAAAAGGAUUCGAGAUCUCCCCAGGUACCUGGGCUCCCCGUCGCGACUGGGAAUUUGAGGGAGAGCCAGCUGGCUUCUACCAAGAAGCCAGGAACUUGACCUAUGUCUUGUUCUAUAACUCUUCCCACAUGGUCCCAUUUGACUACGCUAGACGUACGCGCGACAUGCUUGACCAAUUCAUGGGUGUUGACAUCGCUAGUAUUGGCGGCGUUCCGACAGACAGUCGAAUCGACGGCGAGAAAGGCCCCGAGACUUCAGUCGGCGGUCACCCCAAUAGUACAGCUGCGGAAGAGGCUGAGAAGGCCAAGCUCGAAGCAGCGAAAUGGUCUGCUUACUACAAAUCAGGUGAGAUUGUACUAGUGAUCGUCGCUAUCGCCGCAACUGCAUGGGCAUGGUAUAUCUGGAGAGAACGCAGAAAGCGCAGCGGAUAUAAAGGUCUGUUCGGAGGGGAUACUCCACUAUCAUUUGCUGGUGCUCGGGAUGGUCUCAGGGGCGGAAUGGGCCUCGAAAAUCUGAGGCAUAAGCGAUCAUCAAGUAGAGACGUCGAGGCAGCGGAUUUCGACGUGAGCGAGUUGGAUGAGCUACACGUGCAGACGCCGAUAGAUGGGGUGGAUCACUAUAGUGUGGGAAGUGCUAGUGACGAUGAAGAUGGAAGGGGUGCAGCGCAUAGCAAUGGUGGUGCUGCUGGCAAGCCGGCGGAAGGGUAG